AUGCCGCCCAAGCACAUGACAGCGAAUCCGGUGAAGCCGGCGCGACAUCGCGCCGGUAAAGACAUAGGUGUAGAGUCUGAUUCCGACUCAGAAGCCAGCGAAAACGAAGAAUCCGUCGAGCCAGCUCUCCCUCCGCCGCCAAAAGCUUCCAGCGCAGGAAAAAUAUCGUCAGGCAACCUAGGAAAGGUUGAUCUCAAUGCGCGAAGGAGGGAAGCGGAGGCUGCCGAAGAACGGAGACUCGCCAAAGAGAAAGCAGAACGUUUGGCUGCCGAAGAGGGCUUCGUGACGGAGGAAGAGGAAGAGAGCGAGGAAGAAGACGACGAUGAGGAGGAGGAAAGCGAAUCCGAAGAGGAAAGUAGCGAGGAGGAAGCCCCCCGAAGAUUGAUGAUUCGACCCAAAUUUGUACCAAAGAGCCAAAGAGGAACAAAAGACCCCGCGGAGUUGGAGGAAGAAGCACGACAAGCCGAAGAAGAGGCCCGCAAGAAAGCCGCCGACGAGCUCGUGGAAGAGCAGAUCAAGAAAGAUCUCGCAGCACGCUCAGCAAACAAGAAACAUUGGGACGACGACGAAAACGAAGAAUCCGACGUGGACACAACAGACGGGUUGGAUCCAGAAGCUGAAGAAGCAGCCUGGCGCGUCCGCGAGCUGAAACGCCUGAAGCGCGCUCGCGCUAUCAUCGAAGAGCGCGAAAAGGAGCUCGCAGAAGUCGAGCGUAGACGUAACCUGACGGAGGAAGAGCGACAGGCCGAAGACGAAGAGUUCCUCGCGCACCAGAAGGAGGAGAAGGACGGUAAGGGCAAGAUGUCCUUCAUGCAACGUUAUCUGCACAAGGGAGCGUUCUACCAGGAUGAGAUGAAGGCUGCUGGCCUGGAUAAGCGAGACAUCAUGGGGAGUCGCAUUCAAGAUGAUGUGCGCAAUCGUGAGGCCCUCCCUGAAUACCUGCAACGGCGUGACAUGGCCAAGCUGGGUCGCAAAGGCGGAACGAAGUACAGGGAUAUGCGCACUGAAGAUACAGGUCGAUGGGGUGACAUCGGUGGCGGGCGAAAGAGAGAUGGACGCUUUGAAGAAGACGAGCGCUUCAAGCCAGAUGACGACCGCUUCCGACGCGACGAGCGAAGCGCUGGUGGUGCAAAUGCUAUUCCUCUCGGCGAUCGCAAGAAGGACGAUCGCGGAGACAAAGACAGCGGCCACAGAGAUCGAAGAGAUAGGGACUCGUAUCGCUCAAGAGAUGAUGGAGAUAAUCGACCAAGAUCACAGUCACGGUCACGAUCGCCGCGGCGCGAUGGGGAUAGAGAUGAUUACCGACGUCGCAAGCGAAGCACGUCGCGCGACGAUGAGCGGUACGAUAGUGACAAGAGACGCAAGGUGGACGCCAGGUAA